AUAAAUAGAGCUCAAGGAAGUGAGGAUUGGCAUCGACAGCACAAGAAUUACAUAAGAACUUCUUAUUCUCAACUAGCAAGGAGGAUGGCUCAAGUGCAGCGUGUGCGUGAUGACAUCGUGUCAUUGUGGACUCAAGGUGUCCAGGCUGCGAAAGACAAGAGUUCCUUCGCUGCGGUGAUCAGUGCAAAGGAACUCUCAAUAGUUUGGGGUUCAGACAGCCGCUACUGGAAAUGGGUUUCUAAGACAUACCCAAUCAGCUGCCAGCCUAUGGAGGUUGCUGAACUGAUCACAGUAUGCUGGCUACAAAUUGACGGAAAGUACAAUGCCAACAACCUCACCAAGGGAGUGAAAUACGCAGUGUAUCUUGCUGUGGAGCUUAGCGACAAUCUUUGCAUGAAUGGUCCAGUGACCCUUAAGCUUACUCGUCCCAACGGCACUACUGAAGAGCACAAGGAAGAUUUGAAGACCAAGCCAACGAAUGCAUUGGUGGGACUUAAGGUUGGUGAAUUCUGCAACACAGGCGCCUGCGGCUGUGAGAAUACUGUCAAGUUCUCGAUGAAUGGAUGUGAUGGAACCACCUGGAAGACUGGCCUUACUGUCGUUGGUGCUGUCAUUGCCCCAGUUAACUGCUAAACAUGAAUCUGAUUAUCAUCAUGUACUAAAUAAUUUCCAAUUGCCAACAUCAACUAUCUGGUGUGGCUGAUAUGGAAUGUGUGAAAUAAUCGCCAAUAUGUUGGUGCUUUUAAUAUAUAAAAAGUUAAAGUAA